AUGUCUGCCGCAGAAGUCGAAAAUGCGUCUACGCCAGCGGCGUCGUCGUCAAAGCCGUUGGGGAUGAGAAAGAACGGCAAGCAAUGGCACGCACCAAAGAAAGCCUUCCGCCCGGGGUCUGGCUUGACACCAUACGAACAGCGGGCAAAACAGAGAGUAGCACAACAGGCAUUGAAGACGAAGGAGAGGGAGAUGAAGGAAGAAAAGGAAGCAGAGCGACAGAGACGGAUACAGGCUCUCAAGGAGAAGAGAGAGGCCAAGGCGGAGAAAGAACGAUACGAACAGUUGGCCUUAAAGAUGCAUAAGAAGAGGGUGGAAAGGUUGAAGCGCAAGGAGAAGCGCAACAAACUGCUCAAUUCCUGA